AUGCUUCGCGAGGCGAGGCCCCAGCAUGACACAGCUUUUUUCUUCCCCCCGCUCACUGCCAUCAACUACGGCAAUAGUGCCCUUGCAGAUGGAUUCGUCACAUUCUACAUGGCGAAGAACAUCGAAGAGGAACCUGUAAGAUUCACCUGCAUGAACCAGGCAAAAGACAAGCUAGAAUAUGAUGGCAAACCGCCUGGAUCACUCCCCAUGAAGAAGAUUGCGGCCAAUGCCAAGCGAUGCAGCCAUGGUGCCCUAGAUUUUUUGUUUGGCAAGCAACGUCUCCUCUUUCUUUCCUCCCCGUCAGAGGCAGCUGGCUUGUAUGCAAGACAUGAAGCCAAGGUUACGAUUGACAGAAAAUGGAUUCCACGGGCAAUGACAAUUUGUAGGUUGCUAAAGGAUUUGAUGAAAACUCUUGCCGAACAGCGAACCAAAGCUGCCCGCCAGGGGAUGCAUAAUGUGGUGGUCACCCAGAACGGCGACUUGGUUGAGCGGGAUGAUUAUUGA